CAGCUGGUAGGUGGAUACAAUCUGAUACAAGUUGUGAAAUGAAGUCUUGUCUCUUUGGUCUUCCUAUGUAUAUACUCCCUCCGUUCACUUUUAUAAGUCGUUUUAGACAACUGAAAUUGACCUGUUUUAUAUGCUGUCUGAAAUGUCUACAAAGCCUUAUAAAAGUGAACAGUAGAAGUAAUUUUUUUUACUUACUCACCUGUCAUUGCGCAUACUUAAUGCCUCUUCCUGCCCAUCUCUUCAUCACUAUAUAUGCAAUCCCAACCAGUUGCUGCUAGGUGGAUCCAAUCUCGUCUUCCCGCGCCUCUCUUCUACUUGGAUGUUUCUUGAGUUGCCCAGCAGAUUGAGCUUCCAGUCCAGGGUUUUAUUACAUCAAUGGACAUUGUGUAGAAGUUUCGAUUUGUGCUAUCGGACACACUAACACACCAAUAGAUUACAGGGCAAAUAAAUGGAUCAUGAGGUCUUGGAGCGUAUAAUUGAUGGAAGACAGAAGCCAACGGAUAUACCAUUUCUUGUUUUGAAGGAUAUCACAAACAAUUUCUCGGAUGAUCGAGAAAUUGGCCAUGGUGGAUUUGCAACAGUUUAUAUGGGUGUCCUCCCAAACGGGGAAACCAUUGCUGUAAGAAGGAUAAGGAGCAACCAUUCAAGCAGUGAAACAUAUUUUCAUCAUGAGGUUGACACCAUGUUAAACAUUGAACAUGAAAAUGUUGUACGGUUACUUGGCUUCUGUGCUAGCACACAACAGAUAGCCAUAAAACUUGAAGGAUUGAAAGAGCAUAUUUACGCUGAGGUAAGAGAAAGAUUGUUGUGUUUUGAGUUUAUCGGCAAUGGAAGCCUACAAAAAUACAUUACUGAUGAAUUAAGGGGACUUGAAUGGAACACCCGUUAUAAAAUAAUUAGAGGCAUUUGUGAAGGUUUGUACCAUCUGCACCAGGAAAAGCACAUAUAUCAUCUGAACAUGAAACCUGGAAAUAUACUGCUAGAUAAUGAUAUGGUUCCAAAAAUCACUGAUAUUGAUUUAUUGAGACUUGAUAAAAAGUCGCAAAACAUGAGUGGAAAGCGACUUGGAACACUGGGAUAUUGUGCUCCAGAAUACCUAUCUCAGGGAAAGAUGUCAUUCAAAACAGACAUGUACAGUUUGGGCAUUAUAAUUGUUGAACUAGUGACAGGAGAAAAGAUGAUUCGUGGUAAUAAUAACAAUGUAAGUGGGGUUUAUCUCGCCAUGCAAGCAAUCUCUUUUAGGAAAUAUUCGAAGUUUCUACCUUGCAUAUAUUUUUCACCUUUUUUUUACUAAUUCUACUUAAUUUUCAUACUAUGGUAUUUGAUGGCAUGCAUAUCUUCCUAACUGAUACAUAUUAGAAGAGAAAUAUAAGCCAUGCGAUGAUCUUUCCCAAAAACCUACACAAGACUGGAAGCUAAUUAUUAAAAAAGGGUAAUUUGAUUUGCAGAUAUCACCAUUUCAUAGAUUGAUUCUGAUGAUGGUAACUUCAUAUGAGCCUUCAAACAUUUAUAUUUCAUCCAUGUAGCAUCGUGUCACCGGCCAUGCCCCUUUCCACCUUCCGGUACUCACUGAACCACACUUACUCUUUGCCUCAUAAUCUAAAUUGUAUUGCCUCCGUCCAGAAAUACUUGUUGGCGAAAUGAAUAACAAUGCAUGUAUCUAAAAGUAAAAUAUGUCUAGAUACAUCCAUUUCUCAGACAAGUAUUUUUGGACGCAGCGAGUAUCAGUAUGGUAGGUUAUAUGGUUAACUGGAUCCAGGCCACUUAACCUUUCACAAAUUUGGAAUAAUGCCAUUACAAAAGCCAAAGUUGGAUAUAUACCACCACAACUUUGCAAUACAUCUACAUAUGCCAUUCUCUUCACUUAAGAGAACAACGAUUCAUUAACCUUGUAUGUCUAUGUAUAUUUUGGUACUGACCAUAAUACCCCUAUCCUAUGGUGCACAACAUGGAUUAAACAAGAGAUGCCAACUCCUAGAUUUUGACAAUUAGUUAAGUGUAUCAUCUUCCUUCAUCAAAGUACUUUGACAUCAUUUGGACAUUAUUUGGACAAAAUUUGGGCAGCACUUUGGUAGUAUUUUCCAAUUCUUGCACAUAAAAUUGGAACAAAAUAACAAAAUGGACAAGCGAGAAAUAAAUUUAGAAUCAGUAUUCACAUAUAGAUUCGUAAGCACAUUAAACACACAAGUCCAUGGCAAAUACAUCACAUAAAUAAGAUUAAUUACCAAAGGGAGGUUCCAGUUCAAUCAACAAUCAAUGUUGCUAGCCACCAAGCAAUUGAAGAAGCCUUUUCUGCAUCAAGUGCAUACUUACUCGAGGUAUAAUAGGUGCAAAUGGAACAUUCUUCUUGGCCUUCUUCUAUUUAGAGGUAGUCUUCACAAGGGUUGUUUUCUUGGUGUUUUCUUGUGUUGUAGGUUUCUUCACAUGGGUCUUUCUUCACUCGUGAUGUACCUUUCUUCACAUGGGCCUUCUGCUUUGGCCUUCUCUUGUGAUGUAGCUAUGUUAACACAUAUCUUCUUGGCUGGUGUGUUGGCCUUUUCAUAUAUUUUGGCCUUCUUUGGA